CAAAACAACCAAACAAGCAGUUGUGGAAGGCAGUGGGGGAUUGUUUCCCACCGAUAGAGAAUCUAAAGAUGAAGUUAAUUUAUUCCUUGGAAAUGUCGGUACGGCAAUGCGUCCUUUGACGGCAGCCUUGGUUGCUGCAGGUGGAAAUACAAGAUACAUACUUGAUGGAGUUCCCCGAAUGAGAGAAAGACCAAUUGGAGAUUUGGUUUCCGGUAUCAAGCAACUUGGUGCUGAUGUUGAUUGUUUUCUUGGCACAAAUUGUCCACCCGUUCGUAUAAUUGGGAAGGGAGGACUUCCAUGGGGAAAGGUGAAACUGUCCGGAUUUAUUAGCAGUCAGUACCUAACUGUUUUGCUUAUGGCAGCAUCGUUGGCUCUUGGCGACGUUGAGAUUGAGGUAAUUGAUAAACUGAUUUCUGUUCCGUACGUUGAAAUGACUUUAAAGCUGAUGGAGCGCUUUGGAGUCUCUGUCGAACACAGUGAUAAUUGGGAAAGAUAUUUGGUCCACGGAGGUCAAAAGUAUAAGUCUCCCGGAAAUGCUUUCGUUGAAGGUGAUGCUUCUAGCGCCAGUUACUUCCUAGUCGGUGCAGCGGUUACCGUUGGAACUAUCACGGUUAUAGGUUGCGGGACGAGCAGUUUACAGGGAGAUGUAAAAUUUGCUGAAGUUUUUGAAAAGAUGGGAGCUAAAGCUACAUGGACAGAAAACAGCGUCACAGUUACCGGGCCUCCACGAGAUUCUUCUGGUCGGAAAGUGUUACAAGGCAUUGAUGUCAAUAUGAACAAGAUGCCAGAUGUUACGAUGACACUUGCUGUUGUUGCUCUAUUUUCUAAUGGUCCCACUGCUAUUAGAGACGUGGCAAGUUGGAGAGUUAAAGAGACAGAAAGAAUGAUAGCAAUCUGCACUGAACUUAGAAAGCUAGGAGCAACAGUUGAAGAAGGUCCCGAUUACUGCAUGAUAACACCACCAUUUCAUUUGUCUUAG